UUGAAUGUUCUGUCACUGAAACGGUGUCUAAGUCCACAGUUAAACAGCUGCCUUCCCAGAGCAGCAGAGGAGCUCUUCAUUCCUUUCAACAGAGGAAAAUCACAUCACACUGGCUGCUGUAAAGAAGAGAUUUUUUUGUCCUGCUUUUCUCUACGAUGGGCAAAGAACCUGCUUUUCUCUGCCAUGGCAAAGGAGUGGUACAGCCUGAAGUAGUGGCUGUCUGAGAUUGCGAUCAAAUACUAAAGCAGUGGAGGAAUGGAUACUGGACAGAUAAAGCAAACCUCUUUGUAACGGGAAAACAAAACAGUCUAACUGCAGCUGUUGGGGCAUGUUCACCAACUGGCCUUUUGCCAAUCAAGUCAGCACGACGUUUAAAUAAAGAAAAACUACUAAGCAGGCUAAACAUUCUUAGAAGAGCAAUACACACAAGAACUGAGAAAAAAAGAAACCUUGGGCUACGAAAAGGAACAGAAAUGAUGGCUGCAGUCUGACACUGACAGAUGGACGGAUGGGAAGCCAAGAAUAAAAGAAAGAACACAAGGGGAUGUACACGUGAUUAGGGGAAAAACAUUAAUUUUUUUUUCGUUCAUGGAAUGAUGGCGUGCCACCCCUUCCUGCAGAAAGCACAAUUGUCUACCUACGUCAAAAAAUUACAACAGGAAGAGAUGUCCAAGAGAAGCAUAAACUGAAGAGAAGAACUGUUAAGAAACUGCAUGAAAGCAUGACAGCCAAUUAUGCUGAUAAGCCAGAAAAGGAGUUCAAACUGGGUUACUUGGAGGGUACAUUAUCACAAAUGUAGCUCUACUACAGGCAUCAAGAAACACUGAAUGUUUCUUUUUAAUAACGGCUGCUCCAUUUGCAAUACACACGUGACUUGAUUAAAUGUGACAAUCAAGCAGCGGGGAAUUUUACAUCUGCAUCAUGCAGUGGAGAAGACGGCACUGCUUCCUGAAAAAAAUGACUUGUAAUGUUAAGAGGUCACUUUUCCGCACACACAUCAUUGGCCUCCUGUGUCUAGUUUUUCUUUUCGGCAUUUUCCUGUUCUGUAACCAUGUGGACUGGCUGCCUGGGAGGACUGGCAUGAGAGAGAACCCUGUGGCUUACACUGUGAGAGGAUUCCGUUCACCGAAAGGUGAGACCAAUCAGAGCUCACUGAGGAGCAUUUGGAAGGAGACUCUCCCUGCACCUCCCAAGCCUCAGGUCACUCUGAACUUGAGUCAUGCUGAGCUGUCUGUGCAGGGAGUCACUGGACUGGAGAACUCUUUGAGUGCGAAUAACAGCUUGUAUAGAAAGAAGGGGGCAGGGGGUGAUUUGAACACACAGCCUUACCGGUACAUCAUCAAUGAGCCAGACAAAUGCAAAGACAGGAGCCCCUUCUUAAUACUAUUGAUAGCAGCAGAACCAGGCCAAAUAGAUGCAAGGAAUGCCAUAAGACACACUUGGGGAAAUGACACCAUAGCACCAGGAAUUAAAUGCAUACGUCUGUUUUUGCUGGGCCUGGGGAAAAAUGGCAAUGGUUACUUGCAGCGUUCUAUUGUGGAAGAGAGUAGACAAUACCGUGACAUCAUUCAGCAGGAAUACUUGGACACAUACUACAACCUAACCAUUAAAACUCUUAUGGGGAUGAACUGGGUAGCUACACAUUGUCCAUAUACUCGCUACGUUAUGAAGACAGACAGUGAUAUGUUUGUCAAUACAGAAUACUUGAUUCAAAAGUUACUAAGGCCAGAUCUUCCACCCAGGCAGAAUUAUUUUACUGGCUAUUUGAUGAGAGGCUAUGCCCCAAAUAGAAAUAAAGAUAGCAAAUGGUACAUGCCACCUGAAUUGUAUCCUAGUGAAAGAUACCCAGUAUUCUGCUCUGGGACAGGGUAUGUGUUCUCAGGGGACUUAGCUGGAAAGAUUUAUAAAGCCUCCUUAAGUAUACGCCGUCUCCACUUAGAAGAUGUCUACGUAGGAAUCUGCCUUGCCAAACUGCGUAUUGACCCAGUCCCACCUCCUAAUGAAUUUAUUUUUAAUCACUGGCGGGUCUCCUAUUCCAGCUGUAAAUACAGUCACUUGAUUACCUCUCACCAGUUCCAGCCAAAUGAACUUAUUAAGUAUUGGAACCAUUUACAAAAUAACAAGCACAAUGCUUGCAUUAAUGCAGCCAAGGAAAAAGGCAGCAGACAUCGACACAGGAAGCUGCACUGGAAAAGGGGUCUGUGAUUAACUUUGUUAAAAAUGUAAAUAAGCAUGUACAGAGGUCAGUUCUAUAGAAGGUCACGCACGGUGGGUCUGGCACUGUGUACUGGUAACUGUCUUUAAGGAAAUUAUUUUUUUAAGUUUUAAAGAAAUGUCAUGUACUUGUAAAACUCUAAUGUGAUAGUUAAAGGGGCAGUAAAACAAAAUAUAUCGGUGAACAUGUGCAAGACUAAGCAUGCACACAAAUCUAAAAUGUACAGUUGCCAUUUCAGGUACCAGUAAGAACUAUCAGAAACAACAACAAAAAGUAUUUUUAGAGCUUGCUUAAGGACUAUGCAAAGGGCUGUUUACACUGUUUGUGUAAUUUCAAUAUGUAGAGUACAUGGAUGGUUCAAAAAGAAAUAUCCAGACCCAAGGAAAAUUAAUUUCAAUUAAAAAAACUCACAAAGGAUUCAAAGAGAAGAAUCCCUCCAGAAUACACUGUGCAGUACUCCCAGGAAUUCAUCUGACUGAUCCAAGCUUUGGCGUACUAAGUACUGGUACAUUUUAGGUACUACAAACCUGUUACACAUUUUUACUUCAAAGAAGUUUAUCUAGAUGGUGUACUAGUUUUAAAUUAUCACCUCUUUAUGGAUGGAAAUUACAUGCAUCACAAAAGAUAUCUUGAUUAUUGCUCAAAAUAUAGUGCUUCUUUGUUAUAAUGCUAAUAUCCAUGAACACAAAAUGAGGAAUGGAGGCUUAUGACUCACAAGCAUGCAAACUAAUAUACACAUAUAUUCCUUCUUUAAACUGCAGCUACACACUUCAUUUACAAAACCUCAAAACAAAUUAAAUUCAACUAGUUACAUACAAUAGACUCUACAGUACUAUACUUACAACAGCAGUCUCACAAGGUUCAGAGCAGGCAAGGUGAAGUAUAUUUGCACGGCAUGCAUUGCAGCAAGGAAGCAGUGUAUAUUACUCAGAGCAAAAUUGUGAUGAAAAAUGUUACAAUAACAAGCGCCAGCCAAUGGAAUAAAGUAAAAUUCUGAUACAAAUUUAUUAAUUUAAGGUCUACUUUUUUAUUCUGAAAGAAUACAAACCGUUUAUAUUUUCCUGAAUUCUUACAAUUUGUUUCCUCACUUUGAGUUUGAAACCUAUUUUUAUAUUUAUCUGAUAUUCAAUAUUUUUUACAAAUAUGAAAAAAUAAUUGAUUUUUAACCUACUAAAAAAAAAAUACCGUAAAAGAGAUUGUUAAAUACCAGUGAUAAAACUGCUGGAUUACAGGGUAAAAGGACAUUUAUGUUAUAACCGAUGUUUCUUACAUCCAUUCUAAGAACUGAAUUAUGAGGAAAAGUUCCAUAUUAUACGUCUCUAAAGUUUACUUUAAAGGUAUUCCUUAAACGUGUGCCAUACCAACACAUGUAUAAAAAUAAACUUCAUCCAUAGAAGAUCCAUCAUACAGAGGUGUCUUUACUAUAACACAAUUUUAGGGGUCAGCAGUAACAAGCUGUACUACUACUUUAUAACUAAAAGACCACAUUACAAACAAGUGCAUUACUAAUACAUGGCUCAUUAUUACCUAAUUAUUAAACAGUACAGAUCUAUUAGACACAGAAAGCAAAUACCAAUACAGACCUAGUACAAGGGUUGUUAACUUGAUCAUUCAUUAAUAACACAUGACUUACAGGUCACUCCUAAAGUAAAGUGGUACCUGAAAAAUCAAACCUGCACUAUAAGAAAACUGUAACAGAGAAGGAGAAGAAUAUAAGCUAUUUCUUACUACUAAAACAAGCUGUCCACAGUCUAAGGGUAUUAUCUUAGCUUUAAUGCUGAUAUGCUGCUUUAGCUAUACAUGAAUUAUUUUUUUUGCUUUCAAAACCUAAAUGCUGUAAUGUAUUAAGUGAAACUAUAAAUAAAAAAAAUAAUACUCAUU